UCUCUCUAGACAGUUAGCCAACUGCGGCUAAACCCAAAAUCAAGGAUAACGUUCGCUGAAAGUGUGAGAGAAGUUUCUACAACAAAUAACGACAGCGCCGUCAGCAGUGGCCGUUUGCCCUCCAGGGGUGGAGGUGUCCCUAUCGUCGGGUGGUGGUGGAGGUAUGACUGCAUUGGCGGGGUCAUUUCCCAGGAUGAUGCGACCCACGCUGGCACAGAAUUACCCCCGCAGCGGCUUCCCACUGGAAGUUUCUACUCCGCUGGGUCAAGGCCGAGUGAACCAGCUCGGGGGAGUUUUCAUAAACGGUAGACCUUUGCCAAACCACAUCCGACAUAAGAUCGUCGAAAUGGCCCACCACGGCAUCCGGCCGUGCGUCAUCUCCCGACAGCUGCGGGUCUCCCAUGGCUGCGUUUCCAAAAUCCUGUGCCGGUAUCAGGAGACGGGUUCAAUCCGACCCGGGGCUAUCGGUGGAAGCAAACCCAAGCAGGCUACACCUCCGGACGUAGAGAAGAGAAUAGAAGAGUACAAGCGGGACAACCCGGGUAUGUUUAGCUGGGAGAUCCGAGAUAAAUUACUGAAGGAUGGGAUAUGUGACCGGAACACCGUUCCUUCAGUGAGCUCAAUCAGCCGCAUGAUGCGGUGCAAGUUCGGUGGGAAAGGAGACGAAGACGACGACGAAGACGAGAUAGAGAAGAAGGAGUUGGAGGACAGCGAUCGGCGGGCCAAACACAGCAUCGAAGGCAUCUUAGGCGACCGAUCGAGUCAUUCGGAUGACGGUUCAGACGUGGAGUCCGAGCCGGACCUGCCCCUGAAGAGGAAGCAGCGCCGUAGUCGGACCACCUUCACAGCAGAGCAACUGGAGGAGCUGGAGCGGGCCUUCGAGAGGACUCACUACCCUGAUAUAUACACCAGGGAGGAGCUGGCUCAGAGGGCCAAACUCACUGAGGCCAGGGUACAGGUGUGGUUCAGCAACAGGCGGGCGAGGUGGAGGAAGCAGGCCGGGGCCAAUCAGCUGAUGCCAUUUAAUCACCUGAUCCCAGGGGGGUUCCCGCCCUCGGCCAUGUCCAGCAUACCCCACUAUCAGCUCUCUGACAGCCCCUACCCCCCCUCCUCUAUAGCACAAGUGUCCGACCCCCCCAGCACGGUGCAUCGGCCCCAGCCCCUACCUCCCUCCACGGGUCACCAAGGUGCCGGUGGUGGAGGGCAGGGAGAAGGUGGCUCGGCUUACUGCCUCGCCUCCGGACGCCAUUCUUUCUCAGGCUACUCAGACAACUUUGUCAGCCCCGGAGGACCAGCCAACCCCAUGAAUGCCACCAUAGGAAACGGACUGUCUCCACAGGUGAUGGGCCUCUUAAACCCGGGCGGUGUGCCUCACCAGCCCCAGAGUGACUACGCCAUCUCCCCUCUGACGGGCGGCCCCGAGACCCCAGCUGGGAUGGCUGCCAGCUGUAGCCAGCGCCUUGAGCACAUCAAGGGCUUGGAGGGGCUGACCAGCGUGCCCUCCAUGCCUUCUCUGCCCGCCCUGCCCAGCUCCCAGUCCUAUUGUCCUCCCUCUUACGGCUCACCAGGCUACAGCGUGGACCACGUGGCCUCCUACCAGUAUGGCCAGUAUGGACAAAGUGCCCUUCCUUAUCUGAGGCGGGAGAUCAGUUGAUCCGAGGCUCUGGACUUCACAGAAGGACGGGUGUGUGUGUGUGUGUUUAUGUACAUCGAUGGAGUUCUUGAAGUACCUUAAUCCAUACCAAAAGAAAAAAAAAUCCACCAGGACACAUUCUCCACUGGAGGACAUCCAUUCAUUCUCAGUGGAAAAAAAUGGACAAGAAAAAAAAAGAAGCAAGGAAUCUCAGACCAAAAAAAAACAGUUGAUUUUUCCAUAAGUUUGCUGAAUCGAUAUCAUAGGUAAUUGGCAGAAAUGCCGUUAAUAGACCAAUGCCCCUGUAGGGUCGGUUGGCUUGCACCAUGUUGAGUGGCAGCCAUCUACGGCAUGCUAAACGGGCAUCUUCAACAACAUCCCAGUGGCACUAGGGACCAAACACCAUCCAUGGAAUAACAUCUCAGCCUGCAGGGCCUGUGCUUCAGGACACUAACCCAAGCCUAUCUUUAUGGAUGACCAAGCCUUUGAGCCCAAGCUUGAAGGAGCAUGUUUACGUGUCUUAGAGAUGUGAGUACACAUGAAAUUCCAUCUAUUCCCAAUUUAAUCCCAAAUCGUGUCUGCACCCGGGGGCGGGGGGGCUUUGUUGAACUUAUUUGAGAUCGCAUAUGUUUGAAUCUUCUGCAUCCCACACAGACCAAAAUUUCCGCGACAAAAAUGAAAUACACUGAACGAGCGAGCGAAUGAAUAUGUUGCAUCAGCAAUGCAACUCUUAAGGUACACCACAGCUGUGCCUUCAAGAAAGUUCCCGACAUUCCUCAUCUCUUCUGAACCUCCAUCUCCCUUGCUUUUACUGCCUCUCUCUUGCUUGUCCCACUCUAUUGAUGUCUCAGACAGUGAGGCCGGAUCCCAGUCUUUUGUAGUUUUAGGGAGGACUUUGGGAGGUCAGGGGUGACUUUGGGGAAAGUGACAGAUGAGAGAAGAGUGGAGGGGGGAGGUUGAAGAGGUGGCUCCGAGGGGGUAGGCUAGAUCGAUCACGCAGCGAGAAUGACUGAAAGAUCUUCACUCAGAGAGCAAGCGAGAGAGCGCCACCGGGUCACAAGUCACGACCGAAAGACACUUGAGAAACCGAGAGACCAACACAGUUAAAACCAGAGAAACCCAUUCUCCCAGAUGACCACAAGUGCAAUAUCACAUAUCCUAGAGUUGAACCCCCGACUUAAAGACGUGAGAUGCAAAAAACGCUGAUCGCAGCAACACUUUGGAAUUACAAUCUGGACCCAGCAAUGGGAUGUUGUGAAAUAAAAACACAACCCGGGACCAAAAUGAAUACAAAAACAUUGCCAAUAUUGCUGUUUUAGCCAAGCGAGUGCAAGAGGUGCGGACCGCAUUGCAGAUCACUGAGGUCACCGUGGAGCAAGGUGGAGAAGACUGAGUCAUGUGAAAGCUGGGGUGAACACAAUUACCAGGAAUGACAAAGCCAAAACUUUAUUUUAUUUUAUUUUUUUGUCUUCAUUUGUAUCGCAUUAGAACGUUCUUGUCUCUGUUUACGCAAAAGGCGGAAACGAUCUUUGUAUUUUUUUGGAUAUGUCGCAGACAUAUUUACUGUCACAAACGUAAUGUAUGCAAACAAUGUAAUUGUAACCCUUGCGGCCUAGUACAAGAAAGGUUGCCAAACGAAGAUGCCGACGUCCUUCCGCGAUUGUUUGCUCGAUCUCAGCGACUUGCCGUUCCAAGCCUCGAUGUGAGCACUGUUUCAUUUUACGUUUUUCUACGCUGUAUUCUCAUGUUCCUUUCAUUUUUUGUUUGUUUUUUUUUUUAUAUAUAUUUUGUAUUACUUGACUGAAUGAUAUGACAUAAUGUCAUUUGUACAAGCACAGUAUUAUUGCUAUUUAUGAUUA